CAGCGCGGAGAGCAGUGAGCGCUGCGCCGGCGCACUGGCGGGCCGACCGUCGCCGCGCACGCCGCCGCCGCCGCCGCCGUCGCCGCCAACCGGAUUCCUACAUUACUGCUAGUUUUUAUAACUUAAACAAACCUUUGUUCGACCUCGCGAAGCCCUAGAAUAACGCGCUACCACAGCACAACAUAACUAUCGCGGAAAACGAAGAAGUACCGUAGUAUUUUUUACGAUCACAUUACGACCCCCAAUUGAAAUAUCGGGAAACGGAUCAUAUCGCGAAUUAUUGCCGACCGAUAACAACAAUAGAUGCCAGAUAAAGGCCCUUGAAGAGCCGCGGCUAUCUCAGAGUGACUGCGCCUUCUCGAGAGGUUGCAACACGCGGGUAAUCUCAAACGUAAAAUCACUAAAAGUUGGCCAUCUACGAAAUAGUAUUGUGCAAAGCGGUGUGUUGCAACUUGCAACUGUGAAGUGGAUGAAAAUGGUGAAGUGCUGGAGGAAGAAUGUGUCCCUGUCUUCGUUCUGGGUGGGCCGGCACGACGGGCAGGCGAGUGACUUCUACGCGUCGAGCCUGCAGGCGGGCGAGGGGGCGCUGCCGCUGCUGCUGGCCCGGCUGCUGCAGUCAGCACUCACCGUCUCCUUCCUGGCCUGGUCCGUGACGUCAUCGCCCUCCCCCUACUGGCUCAUCUAUCUCACCAACUGGGGCCUGCUGCUGCUCACCUCCAUGACGCUAUGCGGCCUCCUCGUCUCCGUCAUGGCCGUCUGCAACCAGUUUCGCGACGGCUCUGGUCUGCCGUGGUACGUGAGCAUGUACUGGCUGCUGCACAACGUGGCCGUCAGCAUCGCCAUCAUGAUCACCGUGCUCUACUGGACCCUCAUCUACGACGCUAACGCAACAGAAGAGCCCGUCUCCAAGCCGGCGUUCUGGUUGGACGUGGCCACACACGCGUUCAACUCGUGCAUCGCGGUGUCGGAGCUGCUGCUGACCCGCACCCCCGUCAGCUACCUGCACCUGUACCAGCCCGCCGGCCUGGGCCUGUGGUACGCCGCCUUCUCCGGGAUAUAUUACCUGGCUGGCGGCACUGAUGCGAAAGGCAUGCCGUACAUCUACGCGGUGCUAGACUGGCGGCAGACGGCGGUGACGGCGCUGGUGGUGGCGGGGUCCUUCGCGGGGCUCGUCAUCAUCUACACGGGCGUGUGGGCCGCGGCGCGCGCCCGCGACCGACUCUCCGACGCCUGCAUCAGGACUAAGGGACAUGACCUGCCCUAUGUAGCGGAUAAUGCACAACCGGCAGUGGUUUGAGAUGAUGAGGUUUUGUGUUGGAUGUUGGAUGGUGACUUGAGAUGUGCUGGUGGAGUUAGUUGUUAAUUCGAGACGAAGACUUUUUAAAGUCUGUCCAGUUUCUAAAUUGAGAAAAUCUAUUAUAUGUAAGUCUUGCUCAACAACAAUCACAGCGGCAACAGCCUUCGGCGGUUAGACAAAGAUCUGGAUACAGUUAACGUCGAUGAAACAUUUCCUAACCAACACUGAAGUUGCAGGACAGGAUGUAGUUAGGUAGUUAAUUACAAAGGACAGCGCUUGGUGACAUCCUGUACUGUAAUUUAGAGACCCACCGGCCUACACUUACGAUCGCAGUCAUAAUAACGCGAUAGACACGCUAGUGUUAAGAAUUUUGUGUUCAUUGUACUGUAGAGUUAUGUCUCCUAGACGAUGUUUUUUUCAAAACAUUACACGAUGUUCUAUGUAAAUUAUUUGAAACGUUGGAAUAUUUUGUCUAUAAUAUUUCCUAUAGUCUAAUCGGUGAAGGGUAUCUAAUGUGCAAUAGGAUCCCUACUUUUUACUAGAGUAGAUUCGACAACAUAGUAUAAUUGUCACAUUCACGUGUGUGACUAUUCACGUGUCAAAUGUACUUACCUAUAUUUUGUGAUAUACUUGUACUGUAUUUUUUUCUCAAAACUGAACCAGUCCAAAGAUAAAACAAGUUAUUUUGUAAAAAAAAAUGUAAGUACUUAAAAGGACUUGGAGGCUUUUAUGACUGAAAGGGUACAAAUGUGUAAAUACCAACUUUUUGUAGAUAGGUAAUUCUGUAUACUUUGAAGUAAAUAAUAAAAUACCUAGGACUAAGUUUAGUACUUACAGAGAUGGGAGCAUCGCUGGGAGAAGUGUGUAGAGUUACAAGGAGACUAUGUAGAAAAAUACAAAAUAAAUUUUAAGAAAAAAAAUCUUGUAUCUAUGUUAGGUAGGUCGGAAACUUUUCAGACCACAGGCGUAUAAGUACACCUAUGUUUGUAAAUCAGUAGGUACAACCUUUCAUUCAUUCUGAAGCUGUAACUUAACGUAAAUUGUUUCUAGUAUUAUUUCAUUGUUUACAAAUUAGCAAAAUAAUACACGAUGUUAUUAAUUAAAACGUUUAUUAUUAAAUAGCAAAGUCUGCACUCAUAACACGAAGCAACUUAAUAAUAAUAACAAACUAAACUUGA